GUGCGGUCCCCAAGAAAUCGAAGUGGGAAACAAAGAAUUAUGGGGGCACCCGGAAUAAGAGGAGAAAAAGGAGUGAAAGGUGCUAUUGGUUCACCGGGUAUUCCAGGAAUGAAAGGCGAACCGGGAGAAUUCAUUUCUGCUCCAAAAGUGACAAUUUCGUCUUCUCAUCUGACAGUGAACGAAAGCGACGCUGUUGACUUACUGUGUUCUGCAUCGGGCAACCCCACUCCGACACUGGUUUGGUACCAGAUUAACGAAACAUUACCUAGCAACCUAACGAAAGUAUCGUCUAAUGGUAUAAUGAGGAUUGCUGAAAUGCAACUUGUGGAUGCCGGGAAAUGCAAGUGCGUUGCGCAAAAUGUUCUUGGAAGAGACGAGACAUUUGCGAGUAUUAUCGUACAAAGUGAGUUUACUUAAUCGUUAAUUCAUUUUAUUGUCGUUAACGCUUUGCUAUCAUACUUUAAACAGAACACAAUUUCAAUAUGUUUUUUUUUUUUUAACUGAAAAAGCACAACCGGAUGCAAUCUUUUGCAUGCAUGAUAUUAGAAACAAAGGGAAGUUGCCUAUUGCUUCUGAUUUUAGUUUAUUAUAAAUAUUUUUGGUGCGGUCUUAAUACUUUUGUUCGAGCAUUCCAGUCCUAGUUCAAUGGUUUUCUGUUUGUGUGUUUGUUUGAUGGUUGGUUGUCCUCCUUCCCCUUACUCCCAUGCACUUGAUCCCUUUGCUUUGCGAGUCUCGUUAGCAAAUCCGAUAGGGAGAAAGUUUGUUGUUUUAUUUUUUUAAGGUCAACCCAAAGUUUCAUUACCGUUUGGGCCAUAUCACGUUACCAGUCUGUCACGUGACAGGAUUUCCCCCACCGAAAAUCAUCUGGCGUAAAUUGCACGACAAUUUCAUGCAAUCUAGAGCUUUUGUUAAACGUGGACAGUUUUCAACAAUAACCGUUCACAAAAAAGAUUCUGGUUUGUACAAAUGUCAAGCUUCAAAUCAUUUGGGAUAUGCUUUCGCUGUUACACAACUAAACGUUAUUGAACUACCCUACUUUACUGUGAGGCCGCCAGCACAGUUUGCAGUAAACGAAAACAUGACAUUAUCUAUCAGCUGCCAGGCAGAUGGCUACCCCACACCAACAGUCACGUGGUUGAAAGGGAACAGUCAGCUGCCAAGUGGAAGAUCUAUGGUCAGUGAUGAUGGAACUCUAACGAUCUGGGACACUAAAGAGAGAGACUCGGGGACUUACAACUGCGUGGGGUCGUCGGGUAAAUUUUUUCGAAAGGCAGUUGCUUCUAUGAAGCUAACUGUUAAAGGAGGUAAGGUA